UGGAACAGAGCACGCGCCGUGAGCUGCGUGCUGGUCUGCUACAUACUAGAAAUGCCAGACGCCUAGGUGAGUACUAUUUCACCUGAGAUUUGAGCAUCUGGUGCAGGAUGACUAGUCUGGUUUGAUCUGGCUUACACACUUCUUACUGCAGGCACUAAGAUGAUGAAAUAAAGUGAGGAACAGGCCAUGAGCAUGGCUCAACGAAUGGGUGUUGAUGGUGGCCUACUUAACACUGCAAUGAUCAUACUCAGCGCUACGUAAUCAUCUAAUCAUCGCAGCCAUGCUCAAAGUGGACAGUGGUGUUGGUUAAUCUGGACAUCUCUAGAGUAUGGGGGCAUGCCGAAUAAGAAACUAGAAUUACACUUGAUUUAAUUGCGUGCUUGUUUUUAAAAGCAUAUUAACAUUAUACUUUUUUUUUUAAAGUAAAGCUCAAUUGAAUGCAAUUUAAUAGGGAAAGGGAUAACGUGUUACACACAGAUUUUUUUUUUAAAAUUGUCUUUGAGUCUAUUUGAAGGCUUGAAGCUUACGAUCAGUAUAGUUCAUACAAGUAGAAUACCAUGACAACAGGUUAUGUCCUAGCACUAUGCAUGUCACCUCAAGAUGGCGCGCAGACUACUUCCGAGACCACUGAGUCUAGUGAGAACAUCAUUCGGCAUCGCGACAUCAGCUGCACAGAGAGAUGGCACUGGGACACACAAGACGUAGAAGCCGAAGGAGCAGCUCUGCUUUGCGAUGACACGAAGACGGCCGUGACCUUUCACCCCCACUGGAGCAACGGAACUGCCGGGAUCAGAGCCACACGUCCCCUGGCGGGAGAAUUCAACUACUGGGAGAUUCAUGUAGGGGACCGGGUGUUUGGUACCAGCCUGAUGUUUGGCCUGACCACCAAGAAAGCCAGACUGAUGUCAAAAGAAUUCAAAAACUUAAUCGGAGAGGACAUCCAUGGAUGGGGCUUGUCUCAUAAGGGACAUCUCUAUCACAAUGGAAUAUCAUCCUAUUACUGUAAACCUUUCAAAGAAUACACACCAGUGGUCGUUGGGAUUCUGGUAGAUCGAAAGAGAGGAGAAAUCACGUAUUUCAAAGAUGGUGUUAAUCUUGGAGUGGCUUUCAAAAACGUGAAUCAAGUUCAAGAAGACAUGUAUCCGACCAUUAGCUCCACCGCUGCCAAAACCUACAUGUCGUUGGGCCUGAGGGUAAGAACGUUUGUGGAUCUGCAAGACCGGUGCCGACAUAUCAUUGCUCAAAGCCUGGGGGAGUUGGCGCCAGCAAGUCAAGGGAUGAUCAGUGAAGACAUCGCGGACAAAGUGGCAAGUCUACCUCUGCCAGCCAGAGUGAAAGAUUUUAUACGGUGUGGAAUGCAUAGCUGAUAAUGAGCCAGUUGUUCAUAUACAUAGGUAGUUUAGCGUCAGCUUUGAACAGACAACUUCAGUAGGGGCUACUACUUGUUUUAUGUGUUUAGCCUGUUAUGUGUGUUUAUCUUAAUACAUUUUUCCUUGCCUUGGGAAUAUGUGGAAACACUACAACCUGUAAGUGGAGAUUUGACAGGAGAUUGUCGUUGUUAACAAUGGUAACGGUUAAUGUUUCAAGUAAUAUCUAGUUUCUAGUUGUUUUUUUUUACUUUUUCCUUGACCUUCCACUCUAGAACAUGUAACUUGCGUGACUAAAUUGACCUGGUGACACGCGUAGGUCGUAGUAGUCAUUUUUGUCUUUAAAGUAACGUCGGAUAAGAUGUAAACAAUGAGUCCGAGUGUAUGUUGUAGCAAUGAAGCUUUAACCUAAACUCUUGAUUUAUGAGGGGAGUAACAAGUACAACACCAGUAAUAAACUACACGACGGCUCCACGUCAAAGAAAGACGACCAUUUAGAUUACCGGUGUUUCUAGAGGUUGUACUAUGAAGUGGUCUGCAUCCUUCCUCCAGCCUUUACACACACACACACACACACACACACACACGACCGCGGUAAUUGACGCACUUGAUGGCUUUACCGUUGACACGAGGGUCAUUGUGCGAUCCGUCCCUGAAUCUACCAGAUGUUGCACUACUUAAUUACGAAGUAGGCCUACUUUGUAUCAGAGACCGACUCCAGUUUUGUUUUGUUUUUUUCAAUGGUGGCAAGAGGUUGUAUAAGGGUUUUAGGAAAUUCAAUUUGACAUUUGUUCGUUGUCAGUUGAAACAAUCAUAACACAACUACCAUCCACACGUUCAACAUACAGUCACAAAUACAUAAUCAUACAUACACACUAAGGCUUACAGUCGCACACAUAUAUACAUUCACACUUACACAAAACUAAACACGUGCACACUCUUACACGCAUACUCUCAUACACAUAUACACAAACACUAGUUGUUUGAUUUAAAUAUCCACAUUAAAAUCUUUCAUUGUUUACAUUCAAGCAGACCUAGACACAUAUGUUAUUAUAAGGGAAAUGAUGACUGAAAAAGGUUCAUUGUGUGUGUGUGUGUUUAAACAUUUUUUUUUUUUUUUGUGUUCUUUUAAUUCACUAGUUGUACAUAUUUCUUCCAUGUAUUUAUUGUUACCUUUGUCAACUCAAUAUCUCAAUUGAGGCGUGUAUACCACGAAUGUAACUUGCGAUGAGGUCAUCUAGUCAAUGUCUCUAACCUGUACAAAGUUCACCAUUUGUCUAUUUUAAUCUUUGGAAAUGAUCUUUUAUGUAUAACAUGGACAGGGCUAGUCUAUAGCUACAACUAAAACUACGCCUUCUAAAUAACAGCCUGUUGUAUAAGAGCAGUAAAGCGAGCUGAUUUUUCCCCCACGCCUACGCUUUUGCUGGUUAGUAGACUUCCUAACAUUCGGGUUUUUCUUUACCGGUUCUAUUGAGUCAUUUCCCUUACGUUGUAUGCACUAUUUCUAUGUACUUUGACUUUCUGGGAAUUAGGAAUGUGUAAGAAAAGGACGUUCCUUUGGAUGAGUCCAAGAUUAAAUCCCCGACAAGAAAAUCUAUUUUAAUCUUAUCAUUACCUGCACAUCCGGCCUAACGUUUGAAUUAUUGACUCAAGUCUUCAGUUCGUCGAUCUAUAAGUGAAAUAGGAUACAUCUGAAUCGAUCUGAUUCACGUUACAAUAUAUUAAAAAAAAAACAUACAAAAGCCCUGUCCUUGUUUGCUAAAAUACUAUGUGGCGCCAUGGCCGGAUUUGUGCAAUAAUUUGGUCUUUAUUCAAUUAUUUGAAUAGUAGAGCCCUCUAUAAGAUACCUUGUAUAUAUUUUGUGUAUGGAUAAACAUUUCAUAGGAUGUUAAGAAAUGAUUGCUUAAAUCUUGAAUCAUUCUUUAUCAGGGAGAAUAACUCCUACGUACUUGUUCAUGUAGAUUUGACAAAAUGACGUUUCCGAUGCAGUCAGACUCUAGCAAAUAAUUGAAUGACACAUUGAUAGCUACCAAUAUUUCGAAGGUGCAGAAGUUGAAAGUUGGGUUUUAUUUAAAGAUCAUUGGGUUUAAAUGUGAGUGUGCAUAAAGCAGUUCUACCAUCUAGAUUAGUGGGGGGGGGGGGGGGGGACUGGGGAGCUAAUUGGAUACCUGAAUCCCUAGAGAGAAAGAUACAUCUGAGAGACUACGUUAAAUGCUUGUCACUUGACCAGCCAGUCUCAUAGAUGUAUGUCACAAAAACAUUCAAAAUGUCACUUUAUUGAGAAGUUCAUUGGAAUAAAUGUCAUUGUUUCUUAAGGUUGUUGACAAUGAUUUGUGAGCUUAAGUCAGUACUGUUAUAGAUUUGGAAGAUAGAAGCCCAGUCUGUGUAUGCCAUAUGAAGAAUAACUGUGAAUCAGAGAGAUGUUUUAUCUCAGACAAGCUCAGAAUGAAUGUGAAUCAGUAGAGAUAGAUGUUUUAUCUCAGACAAGCUCAGAAUGAAUGUGAAACAGUAGAGAGAUAGAUGUUUUAUCUCAGACAAGCACAGCAUGAAUGUGAAUCAGUAGAGAGAUAGAUGUUUUAUCUGAGAAUCAUACCAGCUACAGUGAGUGAUUCAGCAUCUUUGACUAUGUUUUUGGACUGAUUCUGUCUCCAGGUGCAGCUCAACUCCUGCCCUUAAUGAAACCCCCAAUAGGUGUAAGCUUUGGUAAGCAGUGAUUCAACUCCAAUUGAUGAUUUACAAACAAGAUUUGCAUAAUUAGAAUAUAUGCAUUUUCAAAAAAAAAAAAGAACUAUAAGUACAGUAAGUUAAUGAAAACAUCCCAAAUACAGCAUUACAUAAAUGUAUCAACUUGACACAAAAUGGGAAUUUUUUUCUUUCUAAACAUCUGUUUGAAUGAUUUUUGUUUCUGAAACAUCUGUUUAGUUUGUGUGAAACAUCUGUUAGAAUGAUUUUUUUGUGAACCACAUGAUUGAUUGUUCUAAGACAAAAUGUAUUAUCUGAUUUAUAUAUGUAUUUAUUAAUAUGUAUCUAUAAUUUUAUUGUAACUCUCUCUCUCUCUAUAUAUAUAUAUAUGUAAACUGACAAACAUAUCAGACAGUUUGAAUGAUAGUUUUUUAAAUUUUUUUUUAAUUUCAAAAUGUUUUGAUAUUAAUUAUUUAUGUAUUUCUUUACCAAGGCCGGAACAGUGCAAUAAUUAACUGUGGCAUAAUAUCUGUAUAUAGUUAUGGAAUAUUUCUUUGUCUCUGCAAAUGUUAUUAGUUCAUUUCCCUUACCUUUGUUUCUAAACAGAAACUUUAAAAAAAAAAAAAAAAAAAAGGAAAACGAUUGGGAAAAAAAUCAAAACUAAAACAACAACUAAAUUUUUUCCAAGAUAUUUUUGACUUCUUACAAUUUAGCAAAGAAUAGUCUGGGCAAAUGAGACCAACAACAGAUGUAGAGACAAAUAAUUGAUGUACACAUUUAACUUUAUGAAGUGGAGGAAUUGAAAUCUCAUAUGUACAGUAACUGUGUUGUAUUUAUUUAUUUAAUUCAUUUAUAAUACUUUUUACUUUUCUGUGAAGCUGUUUUUUAAGCAUCAUUUAACUCAAUUUUUAUUUCUUUGCAAAUGUGUUGUAAUUUUCUUUGGGAUUGGUGAAUUAAUAUUUAUUUAUGUUUACCAUUGGCUAUUUAUUUUAUUUAAACCAUCGACUUCAUUUAUACUUAAUAAAAGCAAACUAUUUCCAUAAAGAUCAAAUUCUUUAUAAAUAUAAAACUAUAAUUUUAAUUGUGAUCUCUUAAAAACUUUGGAAAUGUUAAAGUCAAAAUUUUAUCUUUGUAGCUUGUCAUUUACCAUCUAGCUAUUUCAGAAUCUAUUCUUUCCUUUUUGAACCAAUUGGAGAACUUGAUUCAACAAAAAUACAAAUUAAAGUUGAUUUAGCUACA